UAAAUUUGAAACUGCAUAUGCCUGUUGCAUGCAAAUCACACCAUGAUAGUGUUAUGUUUACAACAGUAACUGUAAGUUUAAACCUUAACCAAUGAUAAAAACGCAUUAGCACGAACGAUGACUGCAUAAGCUCACCGAAGUCCGGACAUCUAUCACUGAAUCAGUGAAUGAGGAAUCAGCUGAUCGAUUGGGAAAAUUCUCCAGAACUUCUGAAGUUGCUCCGAUUGAUAUCGAUAAUUAUCAUGGCAAAUGAUGGGGAACGAACAAUCUGAAGUUCAUAACAAAUGGCUAACGUGCAUCCCCAAAAUUAUACGGGAAUUUUCUAUCUCUGAAUCGAACGUCUCGUCAAAUGCCUACAUCAUGGACUCCGACACCGACUCGGAUAGUGACGAUGUCUGCAGUGAACAGUCACAAUUGCUCGAAACUGCCGUUGUUGAUAACGACAGAGAAAAACUUCUCGAAGCUCUGCACGACACAAACCCAAACCUACCUCUGAACGAGAAGAAAGAAAAUGCCUUGAUCGUAGCCAUCAAGCUAAGCCAUUUGGAAAUGGUAAACAUCUUGCUCAGUACUGACCACUGUAACAAAGACUUCAUAAACAUUCACGACUGUUCGGCCCUCGACAUUGCCUUGAUAACAGCGUUUGACAACAGCAUCGAACCCCGCCAUUCAGUGUGCUGGCAGAUCGUCUCACUCCUGUUCGACCAUCACGCGGAACCGUCGUGUAAAGAUGCUAUGAUGUACAUUAUCAGAACGGCCUUCAAGUUUGAACACGCCAGUUUCAUUCACCGGCUGAUACAGACACUGAUAGAGCAUGCAAGCUCCUACAGAAUUCAUGAGACGUUGCUAGAGAAACUGCAUCGCCACCAGCCGAUGUUGACGAACAGCAUUGACCCUUUCCUCGAACACGCGUCGGCCUUCAGCAUCAAGCUCAUCAAGCUGCACAACAGGAACAUACUGCCGCUGGUCAUGAGUGCCUUCGUGUACUACAUCGAGUCCCACUGGGACUCCAAGCAGAUCAGGGCCCGCGUCUUCAUGCAGCUGGUUGUGUACGCAACGGUGGCUGGCUGGCACUGGUCCUCGAAGGAGGUGUUGCACAUAUCAAAGGUGUGCGAGGAUCUCGCCCAGUGGUGCCGAUGCUGGCCCAGUCGACCGGCCUCGCUGUGCCACCUCUCUCGAGUUGUGAUACGCAGCACAACGCCUCUCUCUAUGACGGACACACUGAGAGGUUUGUCGCUGCCAGAGACGGUCAAAGAUUACAUCAUGCUCAAGGACGUGGACAAUUUGUUUUCCAAAAACGACUGGCGGAUUGAAUCGGUGUUGUUUUGAUCAUAGAGUCGGACGGCAUACUAUCACACUUUCUGAAUGAAGUACAUGCUUGAUGUGAACAUUAUGACAGUACUGAAUCAAGUGUAUGCUUGAUGUAAACAUAACACUACUGAAUCAAGUAUAUGCUUGAUGUGAACAUCAUGACACUACUGAAUCAGGUAUAUGCUUGAUGUGAACAUCAAAACACUACCAAAUCAGGUACAUGCUUGAUGUAAACGUAACACAGUUGAAUCAAGUAUAUGCUUGAUAUGAACAUAACUGUUGAAUCAAGUGUGUGCUUGAUAUAAACAUCAUAACAUUACUGAAUCAAGUACAUGCUUGAUGUGAACAUCAGAACAAUACUGAAUCGAGUAUAUGCUUGAUGUAAACAUCAUAACACUAGUGAAUCAAGUAUAUGUUUAAAGUAAACAUAAGACUAUUAAAUCAAGUACAUGCUUAUGUGAACAUCAUAACAAUACAGAAUCAAGUAUAUUACUUGGUAUACGCACUCAACAUUAGAGAAGUGGGUAUAAACGUGACAUUCUCCCAUCACACUUCAGUACUGAAUCAAGUAUAUGCUUGAUAGACACACGUCGCACUACUGAAUCCAAGUAUACACUUGAUAUAAGCUAUUAUCACAUUAUUGAAUCAAGUACAUAUGCUUGAUAUAAGCAUAUUAUACUACUGAAUUGGGUAUGGUAUGGUCAUCGACCUACUAUAAUCACAUUGUUGAAUCAGUAUAUGCUUGAUAUAUACAAAUCACACAACUAUAAUAUUUGCUUGAUAUACACACAAUACUACUGACUGGAUGAAGUUUACACUUGAUAUACAUGCAUUAUCAGACUACUGAAUCAAGUAUACACUUGAUAUACACCCAUCACUACUGAAUCAAGUGUAUGCUUGAUUUACACCCAUCACUACUGAAUCAAGUAUAUGCUUGAUUUACACCCAUCACUACUGAAUCGAGUGUAUGCUUGAUUUACACCCAUCACUACUGAAUCGAGUGUAUGCUUGAUUUACACCCAUCACUACUGAAUCAAGUAUAUGCUUGAUCUACACCCAUCACUACUGAAUCAAGUAUAUGCUUGAUCUACACCCAUCACUACUGAAUCAAGUAUAGGCUUGAUCUACACCCAUCACUACUGAAUCAAGUAUAGGCUUGAUCUACACCCAUCACUACUGAAUCAAACACCCAUCACUACUGAAUCAAGUAUAAUUAUGCUCAAUAUACAGGUAUGCAUAUCGCAUCACUGACUCGAGUAUACAUACAUGAUGUAUGCAUUAUCACACUACGGAAUCAAGUAUACACUUGAUAUAAGCAUUAUCCUAUUAAUGAAUGUAUUAUAUGCUAUACAUGUAUAUACGCACAUCAGCAUUAUCCUAUUGAUGAAUGUAUUAUAUGCUGUAUAUACGCACAUCAUACUGCAGUAUCCCUUGAUGCCAAAACGCCUGAUGAUUCUAACAUUAUUUAUUACUUUUACACAUACAGUAAUGUUGUUAUUUUGUACUUUGAUACAAGGAAUAUUAAUAUUGUCAUAGGAUAGAUGUACAAUACCAUUCUCCCAGACAUUCUGAUGUACCUUGGAAAUCCUCAUGUCAAAGAUAGACUCAAAUGGGAACAGUGAAGGUGACUGUUAUUGAAGAAGGCAUCUCAGUGUGGUAAACGGAAUAAUCAUUGUUUGUUGAAUACAAAAUCACGGCUGUAUGAAAUAUUUUUGGUAAAAAGUGUCCUUUUUGUGUAGCUAUACAAGAUCCUGCUGCCUCCCCACCAUGAUUCAUUUUUUACUGACCCCCCCCCCCCCCCCCACCUCUUCUCUCCCAUUUAUUUUGGUUAGCUACAGCCUUAAAAAUACUAAUAGUAUUUUUGAUUUGAUUUGCCUUUCUCUAAGUUGGCCUACAUUUAUAGAAUAAAAAGUACAUGUAUC